GCUGCGGGUUGCUGCCAACGUUGCCACCUCAGACGGGUCCGCAUUCAGUGACUGACGAAAGCCAUGGGUGCGACGGUCUCCUCACUUGAAGGUGUUUGCUUGGGACGGAGCAAGAAGGUUCUGCUUGACUACAAAUUUAAGAGGACGCUAGAUAGGGUGACUUCUCUGAUUUCACUGGAACACUUGAAUGUGAACGUUCCAGCGUGGAACAGUGAGCUGGAAAUCUUUUGGAUGAAGGGCUUGGGCUUCGCAGCUGACUCCCGUGCAGAGGAGGUUUGCAACCGUGUCAAGGCACACGGAGGCUCCUUGCAGGGACUGGUCUGGGCCAACGCAGGGCUACAGCAGGUCCACAUGCCUGUGGGAGAACCGUCGCCAAUGGAGUCCCAGAGUCCCCCAGGCUUUUUGGGCUUGGCCUAUUCCGACAUCAAGGCCUUGAGAAGCAAUCUGAAGGCCUUGUCCAUCGACUGGUGUGAGGUUUGGAGUCAGGAGACGGUGCAACUAAAGGAAUUAGGACCUCCGGCGUUGAAGGUCAAGAGCCCGACGGGUGUGACCUUUGUGAUCCACGCGGUGAAAAGCUUGAACAGCUGGCUUACUCCAGAGGGCUGGAUGGACCAGAAGGAAUUGCAAGAGCAAAAUGUGUCGCUUCCCAGCAGUACACCAUCAGUCUGUCUCGGUAUCCCCUACAUGCGCUUCAUGUGCCCUGCGGGGACUGCAGCUGGGCUUGCCAGAUUCUAUGAGGAGAUUUUCUGCACUCAGGCGGAGCUGAAGAAAGGAUUCGGAUCCGUUGAAGAGUGCUGGGUGCCCGUUGGGGCCUCUCAAUGGCUCAUUUAUCGUGAAGCGCAGCCUGGGGAAGCGGUUCCCUAUGAUGGCUAUCACAUUGCCAUUUACAUCAAUCAUUUCGUUGAUGCUUAUCGGAGGGCCAAGGAGCGCCAGCUUGUUUGGAACAAUCCGCGCUUUCCAAACACCACCUAUGACACGGAAGACCUCGCAGUGAAACACUCGGAGUUCCGCAUUCUCAAGUUGGUGGAUCCGAUGAGUGGCGAGAUCCUGUGUGAGGUGGAACAUGAGAUCAGGGCUGCAUCGCAUCCUGGAUUUUGUGCGAAAGAGUGGCUUGGAAACAAAACUGAGUCUCAAGUCGCUCUCAAUAUGUAAGUCUCACCUAAGUUAUGCCACAAUGUGCAGCGACAAAUCGGGUCCAACCUGAGCAUUUUUCUCAA